AUGAGUUCCUCUUUUCCCAAAUCCGAAUCUAGAACGUCCUUGCUGAAAUCUUCCUCGGUAAGCGGAAGAUCGACAUACUUCCCUGAACGCACGACAGGAACCGACCGAAGUCAUCAUCAUCGUCCAGCUGCAAUUCAAGUGAGCAGCAAAGUCGCAGAGGAGUCAUUCUUGUCCGCAGAGUGCGACGUUAGUGCGCGGAGACCCCUGUGUCAUCCUUCGCUACUCGGCAACGUUACCCAGAAUAAGAGCCAGCCCCACGCCUCGAACGGCCAGAUACCCGCUGCCAACUUCCAGGAUGACCCAUCUGAGCAACAUGGUUUGGGCCGAGGUGUAAGAAAACACUGCAAGUCAUCCAAGCAUCACCGACACCACCGGAAAACGACCCGGGACGAACCACCGCCUGCAAACCACCACAGCCACACUCAACCUACCCACUUGGACCCCAGAAUACAGCCCCACUCUGAUUGCAGAGAUGACACCGCGCUAUUUUUUGAGUCGAGGGACCAUACAAGGCCAAGUUCGUCCACUAGCGGGAAUGCCAGCAUGCCUUCCCCAGCUUUUUCAUCGCCUAUCCCCGUGUCCAGCCGAUCCUCUCACCGCUCCGGAAGGUCCAGUGCAGCAUCCUUUGAAUCCGACUUCAAUUUGCGCCCAUUUCUCAGCUCGGUUUUUGGGCAGGACAGAAAGUUGAGGCCAGAGGAGAUUGAUGAGAUGCGGGAUGCUUUUAAGGAGUUUGAUAAGAACAAAGACGGUUUCAUCAGCUGUAAAGAUCUGGGAAACUGCAUGAGAUCCAUGGGAUACAUGCCUACCGAAAUGGAGUUGAUAGAACUGAGCCAACAGAUCAACAUCAAUUUGGGAGGUCAUGUAGAUUUUGAGGAUUUUGUGGAGUUGAUGGGCCCCAAACUUCUCGCUGAAACUGCAGAUAUGAUUGGUGUGAAAGAGCUAAGAGAUGCCUUCAAAGAGUUUGACACCAAUGGGGAUGGAGCGAUAAGCACAUCUGAGCUGAGAGAAGCCAUGAGGAAGUUGCUGGGACAACAGGUUGGCCACAGGGACAUCGAGGAUAUCCUGAGGGACAUUGACUUGAAUGGUGAUGGGCAUGUUGACUUUGAAGAGUUUGUACGAAUGAUGUUCCGCUGAGAGGAGGAGUGGUCAACAUGGCUUCAAGUUAUUUAUGCUGAAUGUGAACCUCUGCCACUUUUUCAUCAUCGAAUGAGAAAAGCAGAGGAAAUAUUAGG